AUGCACAACAGGAACGGCUAGGCGUUCUCUCCAGGAGCCGACCCAGGCUCGGAGCCCCAAACGCUGGGACAGGCGGCCCGCCGACCACCCCCGCCGCGCGCGGGCCAAGACGCCACCCGCAGGACUCGGCCCCCGCCCCGGGGACGCCCAAGCGGCGCCACCCAGAUGCCGAUGCCCACCCGGGCGACCCUCCAGACCCGCAGCUCCUGGGGGGACCCCCGGCUCCGCCCACCUGGCCCUGGGCCUCCGCGUCUGCAGCGACAGGACCCCCGAGGCCUAGAAACCAGCUCUCCACACAAUCUGUGCCUACCCCAACCCCGAGCCCACAGGGUGAGGCCCAAGAAGAUUGUGUUUGAGGAUGAGCUGCCUGCACAGGCCCUCCUGGGCACCAAGAGGCCUAUUGGAGCCAUCCCUGGGGGAUAUACGCCCAGGCCCUACUCAGUGCCCGACUAUGAGCUUAAGUACCCACCAGUGAGCACUAAGAGGGAGCGGAGCCGAUAUGCAGCUGUGUUCCAGGACCAGUACUCUGAGUUCUUGGAGCUGCAGCAGGAGGUGGCCUCUGCGCAGGCAAAGCUAGAGCAGCUGCAGACCCUGCUGCGCUCACUGCCCCCGCCCCACAGCCAGAAGGAGGCCUGUGUCACUGCCCGUGUCUGGAGGGAAUUUGAGAAGAAGCAGAUGGACCCCAGCUUUCUGGACAAGCAGGCUCGCUACCGCUACCUGAAGGGCAAAUUGAGGCACCUCAAGACCCAGAUUCAGAAAUUCGACGACCAAGGGGACAGCGAGGGCUCCGUGUACUUCUGA